AUGUCUUCCGCGAAUUCAAUCAAAUCGCCUGAUAAGGAAACAGGCACCCAAUCUAGUACACCACCUAUAUCUUAUGCGAGAGCUGCUCGCGUUCAACGUCCUACUGCAAUUCGAGAAUCUUUGACCAGCAAUGCACUUGACAAAACCACCCAUUCCAAUGUGUGGAAAGUUGGUGGAUCCCCUGCUUCGUGCCCGAGUUUGUUUGACUUCACUUCUCGCACCGAAAACCGUUCAACACUUCUUCGUCACAUAAGUGAAAGCUAUCCCGAUAACUGUGUAGCACGUCUGCACUCAGAUCAUUCACGCCGUAUUGUUGAGCUAUUCAUUGAUGAUUCAUCCUUGUACGAAAAAGCCUGCAAAAAUGGUUCACUUCUCUGGUUCUCGUAUCUUACCCACUCGGCCUUUAUCGGAAAACGCUCACAUCAUCAACAUUCGUCUCAGCAACCUGCCAUUCACAUCUAG